CCCGCCUUAACCCGCAGCUGAAGCUGUUUUCCUGGUUUCAUCCGAAUACCUAGGACUGCCAUUGGGAUCUACUGCGUAUGCCACCUUACGCGAGCGGCAGUACGACCGCUGGAGUAGGGGGAGGAAGUCCAGCAGCAGAGAUCAUGCGCGGACCACUGAUAGGAAGCUUGAUUGGUAUGGCCUUGUACGGCGUAACAUGUCUCCAAACCGUCUUUUACUACAGAGCAUACCCAGGGGACCGGUUGAGUCUCAGGAUGCUGGUGAGCCUCGUAUGGGUAUUCGAAACGGCACACGCCUGUAUGUCAAUAUUCGUCCUCGACAGGUAUCUCAUCCUGAGUUUUGGGAAUGAUCUGGCUGUGGAGUCAACGGACUGGGUGUUUACUAUCAUGCUGAUCAUCGGUUUCAUGACUGAUCUCGUCGUGUAUCUAUACUUCACGUGGAAAGUAUGGGCAUUUACGCGCAGAAAGUGGGCAGCUUUAUUCAUGCUUCUGGUUGUCCUUGCACGUACCGCAAUCAGCUUGUGGGGAUGCGCUGAGACUAGUCGCUAUGAACUAUGGUUAGAUUACCGGAAGAACACGCUGUCGAUUAACAUAAUAGGAAACUCACUGUUUAUUGCCGGAGACACGUUUUCGGCCGCGAUACUUGCGUACUACUUGCGAAAGAAUCUAUUGUUGUGGAAAGGCUCUCCGACCUCCCAACUCUUGCAUCGCCUUGUAGUCUACACCGUUGCCACUGGGACGUUGACGAGCUUAAUUGAUGUAGCAACGCUCGUUCUGACCGUGCAGCAGACGAGUACCCUCAGCUUCACUGCUCUGAUCAUUAUACAAACACGAAUUUACGCAAAUUCUCUCCUUGCCUCCCUCAACAUGCGCAGACUCAACGCCCAAAGGCUCGGCUCACCAAUAACGAUGUCACCCGACCCCGACAUCGCGUUGAUGAGCACCUCGCUCCAGUUCGCAGGCGAGACCAACGCCAACACUAACACUGCCACAGAGUCAGAAUUGGUCCGCUCGCCGCGGACGUCAGCAUCUACCGCUGCGUCCGGUUCAGCGUGCCGGCCACCAGAGCUUGAUAUUGAUUGGAGGGGGCAUGGAAGCUCGAGCAUGGACGUGCCGAGUGAAAACACUGUCUCACAGGCAAUGUUGGCGAAAACUGUAGCUGUGCGGGAACUAGAAGCUAUAAAAGCGGAGGCAGAGGGAGAGGAUGGGGUGAGGGAGUCGUGGCAUACUGCGCUUGCGAUGCCUGACAGUAACUCGGAUGUCGUGAGGGUUCCUCCACCAUCUCCUGGAAAUGGCUCGUGAUUAGUGAUGAACCUGGUUGGGGGCUUGGCCUUCGAGGGUGCAUCCAGGGACGUAUGUUCCGAUAUCUGGUCGCUUUUUGCGAAUACCAUCCUACUUGCUGCAUUAGUGUCAGGUAGAAUUUCCAUGAUACCUCUC